AUGUUUAGAUUUUGGUUUAUUAAUUUGGUUCAGGUGGAUGUGAAGAGGAGCAUAGAUGAAGGUGAGAAACGAUUUAAUCAACUUUCUAUUGAAGAAAGGGGUAAAUUUGAUGAAGAGACUCUAGUCAAUGUUAACAACAUCAGAAAGCAAAGUGCAACAACUCAAAGAUCUAAUGACUUCCGAAAUGAAUAUAUUGUGGCAGUGGAGGUGUUAUGGACCCCACAAAAUGAAAAUGAUACUCUUACAGAGCGAGAAUUGCUUGAAGAUUAUUGCCAGUUACGCCAUAUGUAG